AGUUUUGUGUGUGUGUGUGUGUGUGUGCGCGCAGCUCAUUGACAUUUCUGAGAUGAUUAUUCUGUUUGAUAUCUGAUAUUCUACCUGGAAUAUUUAUGUGAUCGAUUACCAAAAUCUUUCAGAGACACGGUUAAAAAAAAGAUGGUUCAAAUUGCGACAUGCGCCUUGGGGACCCUUGUCCUUUUCCUAACAUGGAACUGUGGCGCCUUGUCCACGAAAGUGUCCUUCGCCAACUUCUCCGUGGACAGCGAGGUGCGCUCCAGCUUCAUCCACCGUCGACUGAGGAGCCAGGAGCGCAGGGACAUGCAGCGAGAGAUCCUCUCCAUCCUAGGGCUACCUCAUCGCCCGCGACCCACGCAAGUUCACACAAGGCUCAACGCUGCCCCAUUGUUCAUGCUGGACCUGUACAAUACUGCCUCGACGGACGCCCCGCACACGAGAUAUUCCAGCUUCAAUCCCCAUUUGGUCCCCCAGGCUUCCAGCACGUUGACCCUGCAGGAAAGUCGCUUCCUGGAUGAUGCUGACAUGGUGAUGAGUUUUGUCAAUCUCAUUGAUCAGGAUCAAGAACUUCUGCACCAGAAGCACCAAAAGCAAUUUAGAUUUGAUCUUUCCCGGAUCCCGGAGGGAGAGGCUGUCACGGCGGCAGAGUUGAGGAUUUUUAAGGAUUUCAUCCAGGAAGGUUUUGAGAAUGAAACCCUCCGAAUCAGCGUCUACCAGCUCUUGCAGGAGGCUGCAGGCAGGUUAAAUGAUUCACUGAGUGGCAUGGUGGAGCAGCUAGAAAGCUUUAGCCUCUGA